AUGGCCGUCGAAGUUUCCUGCUGGAUCCCUAUCCUCCGCAGCAAGAGGCUCGUCCUAGCUGGGGACGACUGCCAGCUCGCCCCCACCAUCAUCAGCAAGGAGGCGGCGGACAAGGGGCUCGGGAGGACGCUGUUCCAGAGGGUGCGAGAGGAACACGGGGAGGAAGUGAUGAGGAUGUUGACUGUGCAGUACCGCAUGCACGAGGACAUCUCAGACUGGAGCUCGGGGGCCAUGUACGGGGGAAGGCUGGUGCCGGCAGAUGGGGUGAGGAGGAGGACGCUGCUGGAGCUGCCGGGGGUUAAGGAGACGGCUGAGACUUCCUCCGUCCUCGUUGUCAUCGACACUGACGGAUGCGGGAUGGAGGAGGAGCAGGACGAGAAGGGCUCGUCGAGGAACGAAGGGGAGGCACUGGUGGUACAGGAGCAUCUCGAGAGGCUGUUGGCUGCUGGGGUGCAGGAGGAGAGCAUAGGGGUCCUGGCGCCCUACAACGGGCAGGUGGCGGUCCUGCGGGACAGGCUGAAGGAGAAGUAUCGGGGGGUAGAGAUCGGGACUGUGGACGGGUUCCAGGGGAGAGAGAAAGACGCGCUGCUGCUGUCGCUGGUUAGGAGCAACACGAGGAGAGAGGUUGGCUUCUUGUCUGACGACCGCCGGCUCAACGUCGCCAUUACGCGCGCCAAGUCGCAU